AUGCCGCUAGUACGUGCACGACCAAUUUAUCGUAGGAGCAGAAAUUUUCGUAAUCAAUCUGUUACUCAUGUACAAUCAAAUUUUCCGCGUUGGAUAAAAUUACUUAUGUCAGCAUUAAUUCCGUUAACGAUUUUGGUCUUUGCAAUUGUUGAUACAAUUUUACAAGUAAAACUUACGUCUCAACAACUAGAACAAGAUAGAGAACAACAAUUCCUAUUAAGAAAACAAUCAGAUGAUCAAGUAGAUAUUCAACAAAAAGACACACUGUUGGCAACAUAUCUCAGUGAUAUUUUGACCAUUUUUCAAGGAGAUGAUCCAUUAGCAAGUUUAACAGAUAUGCGUGCUAUAACUUUGGCAACUCUUGGAUCAUUAGAUCCACAACGAAAAAAAGAUAUACUUUUGUUUCUUUAUAAUAAUGAAUUAAUUUUUCGUUAUCCAUCAGAAUCGAUUUCAACUUUGUUACAAUUGAACGGUGCAAACUUUAAUGGUAUUUCUUUACAAGGUACUAUUGAAGAGAAAUGUUCAUUUACCCGGCUCUAUUUAUAUGGUACUUAUUUAUCAAACACAUCAUUUAUUCGUUGUGAUAUUGAUCAUUCAAAUUUUUCAAAUGCAAUAAUGCAUCGAACAUUACUUUCUAAUACGUUUGUGACACAAACAUCGUUCAAUUUCGCAUUUCUCGAUAAAAGUCGGUUCAUUAACACAAAGUUUUAUAUGACGAGUUUUCUUGGAGCAUUAUUGACUGAUUCUAAUUUUACUGGUUCUGUUUGGCCUGAAAACACGGUGGACUUUACGAAUGCAAAUCUUUCGGGAGCAAUUCUAUCGAAUGAACAAUUGCAAAAUUCAACGUUAGUUAAUUGUAUUUUAUCUAAUGGAACUUGGGGAUCUAUUAGAACCGAUAAUCUAGUUGUGAAUGGUGAUGCAGAAAGAAAUGUAAGUGGAGAUUUUCUGAUAGAAUAA